AUGCAUCUUAAAGUUGUUUUGGCCGUAUUAUCCAUCCUUUUCGUGACCCUGGUCUCUGGACAAAAUCGGAACUGCGAUGAAUUGACCAGAAGGUGUGAGCUUUGCGUUGAACGCCUGAGAAAUGACAAUGAUCGCACUUUGCCAGCCUUCAAUAGGGAAUGCAGGACAAGGACGAGUCGGAACUGGCGCUGGAGGAAUGUGGGACGUUGUGAGCUCACCAGGCUCAACUGCUUGGGAUCGGACCGACGCAUGAACUGUGCUGAUAUUGCUGAAUUGGCCGGAAUGGAACGUAUUAACUGA